AACUUCUGGACAGGGUUAAAAUCUGCAGAGAGGGAGGAAACUGGAGCGUUCUGGCCAGCAGCAAAGCAGAGUUUCCUCUGUGUGAAGGACAGGAAAUAUGUUUUUUUUUGUUCUCUCUGUCUGUCUCAGCUGCUGCAGAGAAACAGCAGGGUUAGUGAGAUCAGAGAGGGGAGGGGAAUGGUAGGAGCGGCCUGAAUAAUUGAUAACUCUCGCCUCUUUCAUUGGCGAUCAGCUGGAGGAAGAGAGCGCACCGUGGGGGCUGAUCAUGACAACGCUUUGACACUGCAGCGUCUGAAACAAGCCCAGGCAAGCUCCCGCUUUCCAGCGGCUCCUCGCUGACAAAUGUAGGGCAGUCGGUCUGGGUCAUCGCUCAUCCCUCACCAACCACCCCCUAAAUCCCCCUCCCAGCAUCGAAAAGGAAACAUGUGAUAACGAAGGGAGGAAAUAUUCGAGUCUCCGGGAACGCAGAUGCAGAGCUGCUGGAAAAUGAAACUGCAGAAUGAAAAGACUCUGGGCCAUUCUGCCAGUCGUUCCAGCAACAUCUCAAAGGUUGGUAGCCCGACUUCAGUGACCGCUCCUCGCAGUUUCUCCCAGACCUCGGUCAGUCCCUCGGACCAGGACAUCUGCAGCUCAGACGCUGUUCCCCGUGAGCGUGCGGCACACAGUCCUGUGCAGACUGCGGUUGUCCUCCUGAGUAGGCCCGAUGGCAGCCCUUCCCUGCCACCUGGGGCUGCCACCACCAGCACCGUCAUCAGGCAAGACCUGACCCCGAGAGCCAGGAAGCGAAGCUCUGUGGGAGAGGAGUUGGCCCAUUUCCUUUGGUCGGGGGAUCGGCUGAACCAUUCCAAGUCUCUCAAUGACAUGCACACGAAGCCCCGCGAUCGAACCGACAGCGGCCUGAGCUUUGGUGACAAGACGUGCUCCGAUGGCAAGUUAACGCCAUUGCUGGGGACGAGGACCAAGAAACUGCAACGCGGCAAAAAGCAGGAGCGUUCUUCCAAGGCUCGGAGAUACAGCCUGAGCUCUCAGGUGCUGCCCUCUGGCUCGGGCCUAAACAACAGCCGCUUGACGAAAGACGGCCUGUGUGUCGUGGAAGUUGCAGUCAGCGACGGCGAGCCCAGCACUCGGAUGUCGUACCUGUAUCGCUGCUUCUUCCCUUCCUCGCGCGCCCCCAGUGGGUACACACUGAGGACCCUCCUGGAGCCCAAGCAGUGCAGCCCGCGAUUGCCCGUCGCCAAGUCGUCUGCCGACUCCUUCUGCUCCGGCGACAUCGGAGACGACGAUGUUUUUGAAGAUGAUUCCGCUGCUGCUGGUUUGGAAGUGAACGCUGGAGACCAGCGAGCUCCUCUUUGCUCAUUCGAGGGAGACAGCGACCUUGAACGUCCUUCCCUGACGUCUCUGAAAUGGUGCCCCACGUCCCCUCUCUCACCAUCCUGGGAAGUGUGCAGGAUCUGUCACUGUGAAGGAGAUGAUGAAGGACCCCUCAUCACGCCGUGUCACUGCACCGGGAGCCUCCGCUACGUACACCAAGCCUGUCUCCAGCAGUGGAUCAAGAGCUCUGACACUCGCUGCUGUGAGCUCUGCAAAUAUGAGUUCAUCAUGGAAACCAAAUUAAAACCACUGAGAAAAUGGGAGAGGUUGCAGAUGACGUCCAGUGAGAGGAGAAAGAUACUGUGCUCUGUCACAUUCCAUAUCAUCGCCAUUACCUGUGUGGUGUGGUCACUAUAUGUCCUCAUUGACAGGACAGCGGAGGAGAUAAAACAAGGCCAGACCAGUGGUAUUUUGGAGUGGCCAUUCUGGACUAAGCUGGUGGUUGUGGCAAUUGGCUUCACUGGGGGACUUGUGUUCAUGUACGUGCAGUGCAAAGUGUACGUGCAACUGUGGAAGAGACUGAAGGCAUACAACAGGGUCAUCUACGUGCAGAACUGCCCAGAGAGCAGCAGGAAAUGCGUCGGGGAGAAGCCGCCACUGACUGAGCAGAACCUGGAGAACAAGGAAGAAUCUUCGGUCCAACGGUUAGGGAUUAACUCUCUGCAUUGCACAGAGCCUGAGGACUGUGGGGUGGGGAUACUAAAUGUGUAGGGUUUACACUACAUGGACUCUCUAUGUGGGGAGCAGAUUUGACCCAACGUACCCUGUCAGUUACUGCUGAGAUGGUGUGCAACACUAGAUUUCCAGCUAGGCCUAAUUUUGAUCUCCAGUGAAGAUGGACUGGACAGGGUGAUCACGUCAUGUCUGGCAAUCAUGGUUAAGAUUGUUCCCCUGCUCGCUCUCUCUCUCGCUCACACUCUCUCGCUCUCUUCCCUCUGUUUCUCUGUGACUCUAAAGUUUUGCAACAGGGUGAGAGGUACUUCUGAUCUUCGGGAAUCCACCGUUCCAAACAACAUUUCAACAUACUACUGAGGUGAUCGUUUGCUGAUAUCACUGCAAUCUCAAACAAAGACUCUGUUUUGCCAGUGACUUUGCAAAAAACAAAAUAGACUCCACAAUUACCGAAACACCAAGUAGCAAACUAGCACUUUUAAUGAGGCUUUUCUUUUGUAUCAAAGUUUGUGUGUCCUGUGACAGUAUGUUUCGGUGUAAUUCUGAUUGUAUGGAAAUAAGUCCCAAUAUUUUUUAUUUCAUGUUGAAGAAGUUUUUGACGAAAGUUGUAAUAAUUUCAGACUGGGGAUAACUAAACCUCGCGACAGUCAGGUUUAUUAUUUUCAAUGAUUCUUCCAAAAGGUCCUUGAGAAAGAUUUUAUUUACCAAGAUAAUCUCACUGGCUACAUCUCAAGUGCAAUUAUUCCCCUUUUUUUGUUGAAUUGUUUCUUUUCUAAUAUUAUGAUGUCUCCAUUUUUAGAAACCAGCUCCUUCUGUUGUCUUUCCAUUGUUUUGGAUAAUUAUUUAUUGGAAAAUACAUGUGUAAAAAGAUGCACUUGGAAAGUCUGGGACCAGAAUCUUUCCUUUUAUAUGCAGGUUUGUUAUUUAGUCAUUGUUAUAAGCAGCAAGACAAAGGGAAACAAAUACUACUUCUAUAAGUUAUUAAUAUAAAUUUUAAGAUAUCAUUUAUUUCUAUUUGUUUAUAAAUGUAGCAGCUUUUUGCAUCUAAAGUUUCUAAAUUUGUAUUGUCACCACCAAUAUUUGAACUUGAGGGCAUUGUGUGGCCACUUACCACUGACCUUUGAACUCAAACGCCCAGUACCUAUAUGCAGGCCGUGCCUCCAAAAUGGCCGACUUACCACCAGGCUCAUGUUGCCAUGGAGAUUAAAGCCAAACUCCCCUUUUGUUGUCAGGGAAUCUGGAAAUAUACCAUUUUAUGAGGGAGGAAAUUCUAUGAUCUUUUCUAUGUUGCCAAGACGCCCAGGAUUGUCAAUUAGCAAAACCAAUUUCUCAUAAACACGAAACAUUUAAUCAAAGCAUUCCUUCAAAGAAAAUGAUACAUUUUUUUAACAAUGUGAAAGAAGAACGAUAUCAUUACCUGGAAAAAAGAUUCACCUGCCAAAAGUAUUCUUGCCAUUGUUUCUUCUUUAACUACAUUGCAGCUAUAACCCAUCACCAAUCCUGACUUUUUGUGAAUGUCGUCACAAAUGGCUCUAGCCUGCGUUUGCAAUUCUGCAUUUUUUUAAAAAGGAAAGCUAAAUUAAAUUCAAGGCUCCUGUUUGAAUGGAUUUCCAUGGCUGUUCAAGGAGUGGUCAGUGCCACUUUGGGAUGAGAAUUGCACCUAGUUCAUUAGUUGGGUGAAAGGAAUUUCUUGGUACAGUCAUUUGAACUGUAUUUAAAAUGUAUAGUUUUGUACUUCAUUGUGUUUUUAUUUCACAGUACAGUAUUAAAUGUAUAGUCUACUACAUUGUUGCAUAGUU